UCUAUCUUCGAUCCUACCUGCCGACACCUCUUCUUCAAUUCUCUCAACUGCGGAAUGCACUUUUAUACAUUCCUUAACUACACUACUGUAUUUCAUGACCCACCACCACCCUCCCAAACAUAGAUGCUUAUCAUAUAUUUAACCCCUUCAUCACUAACCAAUUCCACACCUAAAUAUAUCCCUCCUAAUGGCAGCUUCUUCUAGCAAUGUCUCAUCCCUCUCCAUGUUACUCAUACCCCUGAUCUCAAUUGUCAUCUUCUUAUCAUCUUCACCUGUUUAUGUUCACUCCUUUUCUUCUUCUUUUGAUGCCAAUGAUUUGUCGAUGCCGGGAUCAUGUUCGGGAAAUCCGUCCUCAAAUGAACUUUUAGCAUCACUUACCACAUCAAUUGAACAGAUAAAAACUGUUACUACUCUUGUUGCCGGGUUCAUUAACCAAUUCGACGAUUUCCGUCUAACCAAUGCAGUUAACGAUUGCAUCGACUUGCUCGAUUUCUCUGCUGAUGAGUUAAGCUGGUCUGCUUCUGCAACACAGAAUCCCCAUGGUAAGGAUAACAGUACUGGGAACCGGAAAUCUGACCUACAAUCGUGGCUAAGUGCUGCGUUAGGAAAUCAAGAGACAUGUAGAGACGGUUUUGAAGGUACCAACAGUUUUAUAGCCAACAUAAUUGGAACAAAUCUGAUACAAGUGUCGUCCUUGGUUAGAAAUGUACUCGGUAUGGUCUGUAAUGGAGUUCCCUCGGCCGGCUCAUCUUCGUUGCCGUCAAGAACAACCAAGCCGGCGCCGCUAUCAAAAGCAACCAAGCCGUCGUCGAAAUUGCCACCACCAGGUAAUCACCCUAAUAGGAAGCUAUUGAGGGCUGACGAUGGGGAUAUCAAAUUUCCGCAGUGGAUGAAACGUGCUGACCGAAGGCUUUUACAAGUUUCGCCGAGUGGGAUAACAGCUAAUGCUGUUGUUGCUGUGGAUGGAUCUGGUACGCAUGCAACGAUUAUGGAUGCGGUGUUAGCUGCUCCUGAUAGCAGUGCGAGUAGAUACGUGAUACAUGUGAAGAGUGGUGUCUAUAUAGAGAAUGUCGAAAUCAAGAAGAAAAAAUGGCAUAUCAUGAUAAUUGGAGAUGGAAUGAACUCUACAGUUAUUACUGGUAACCGCAACUUCAUUGAUGGUUGGACGACAUUCCGAUCAGCAACAUUUGCUGUGGCGGGCAGAGGAUUCAUAGCCAGAGAUAUAACUUUUGAGAACACAGCCGGACCUGAGAAGCACCAAGCGGUGGCACUACGGUCAGACUCCGAUCUAUCUGCAUUUUACAGAUGUGGCAUUCUUGGGUACCAAGACACGUUAUACGCACAUUCGCUGCGUCAAUUUUACCGUGAAUGCAAAAUUACUGGUACGGUAGAUUUCAUAUUUGGCAACGGUGCUGCUAUAUUUCAAAACUGUCAAAUUCUUGCAAGAAAAGGUCUUCCUAACCAGAAGAACACUAUCACCGCACACGGCCGUAAAGACCCAAACCAAAAUACAGGUUUCUCAAUCCAAUUCUCUAACAUUUCCGCUGAUUCGGAUCUGUUUGCAUCGGGUAACAUGACUCAGACCUACUUGGGUCGCCCAUGGAAGCAGUAUUCAAGAACUGUUUUCAUGAAAUCUUUUAUGAGUAGUGCUAUCAGACCAGAAGGUUGGUUACCAUGGGAUGGAGAUUUUGCUUUGGAUACAUUGUAUUAUGGUGAGUACAUGAACUAUGGACCAGGAGCCGGUUUAGAGAACCGUGUCAAAUGGCCGGGUUACCAUCCGCUUUAUAACUCGACUCAGGCAAGUUUCUUCACUGUUGGCAAUUUUUUGGAUGGCAAUUUAUGGUUGCCAUCAACUGGUGUUUCAUUCACAGCAGGCUUGGGGGAAUAGUCAAAAGGAUUCGUGUUGCGUGAUUCAUCUGUCGUAUAUAUAAAAAUUUCAUUUUGUUUCUAAUAAACCGAAUUUAUAUCUUAUGUCUGAGCGAUUUAUUGAAUUCCUAUUGAAACUCAUUGAUUUUUCUUUUUGUAUAUAAUGUAAUAUCGGUUUCCCCUGUGAAAUUUAGUCAAGUUUCUCUAUGUUGUAUGAUUUUUUGUGAGAAUGAUCAAUAGCUUGCAUUUUUGUGCGUUCGUUACAACUGACGCAAUGAA